AUGAAGCAGACCAACCUUUGCUCUUCGUCCUUCGUCAUUCAUCCAUUGUCAAGCAGAGAAGAGACAGGUGAGACUUUAGACAGUCUUGGCAGCAGAGAACCAGGUGACUGUGGUGAGGCCUGCGACAAUCAGACAUACACAUGUAGCAGAGGCUUUGAAAGUCCCACUUCAUAUAUUUUUACAAUGCCUUGGACGCCAACCAGUGAAUUUCCACAUCCUUUGUCUCGUGUUAAGCAACCAGCUGGAUACAGGCUGUCAUAUCAGAUUGUUGACUCCAUGAUUUGGCUUGGAAUACGGGAUAUGAUAAAUGAUCUUAGGAAGAAGAAGUUGAAGUUAAGGCCGGUUACCUAUUUAAGUGGUUCACAAGGCUCAGAAGCAGAUGUGCCACAUGCAUACAUUUGGAGCCCUCACCUUGUUCCCAAGCCAAAAGAUUGGGGACCUAAAGUGGAUGUGGUAGGAUUUUGCUUCCUUGAUCUUGCAUCAAAUUAUGAACCUCCUCAGCAACUUGUGGACUGGCUUAAAGCUGGCCCAAAGCCUAUUUAUAUUGGAUUUGGAAGCCUUCCUGUCCAAGAGCCCCAGAAAAUGACACAAAUAAUUGUACAAGCACUAGAAAUGACUGGGCAAAGGGGAAUUAUUAACAAAGGCUGGGGCGGGCUUGGCAACUUGGCAGAACCAAAGGACUUUGUAUACUUGCUGGACAAUUGCCCUCAUGAUUGGCUUUUCUUACAAUGUGCAGCUGUGGUGCAUCACGGGGGAGCAGGAACAACAGCUGCGGGUCUUAAAGCUGCGUGCCCAACGACCAUUGUGCCUUUCUUUGGUGACCAACCCUUUUGGGGAGAGCGUGUGCAUGCCAGGGGAGUAGGUCCUCCGCCGAUACCAGUCGAAGAGUUUUCACUUCCCAAACUGGUUGAUGCAAUUCAAUUCAUGUUAGAUUCUAAGGUGAAGGAGCGUGCAGUGGAGCUUGCCAAGGCUAUGGAAAAUGAAGAUGGGGUAGCUGGAGCCGUGAAUGCUUUCUUUAAGCAACUUCCUCGCAGGAAGCCUGAGCAGAGCCAGCACCUCAACCAGCCAAUCUUUUCUCAAUACGUAAAUGUUUCGGUUGCUCCUAAGUCUUGA